UUAUAGAUUCCAUUCUUUACUCAUAUUCUUCCUCUACUAGACAAGAAACACAAAAAAGCAAACCAAAAAUAACAAGCCCAUAAUUCUUUGAACCACAUAUUUACUAAACUUGCAACAUUAACCAGCUUUACUUACCUACAUUGAUUAAGUAAAAAUGAAGCAAUGGAGUAUGAAGUUGGCACUUUUGUUGUUAGCAAUUGUAGAGAUGAUAAAUGGUGAAGACCCAUACAAGUUUUUUAACUGGAAUGUUACUUAUGGUGAUAUCUAUCCUCUUGGAGUUAAACAACAGGGAAUUUUGAUAAAUGGCCAAUUUCCGGGGCCACAGAUUGAUUCGGUCACUAAUGAUAAUGUCAUUGUUAGUAUUUACAACAACUUGGAUGAACCUUUCCUUAUUACAUGGAAUGGGAUACAACAAAGAAGGAAUUCAUGGCAGGAUGGAGUUUAUGGCACAAAUUGCCCAAUUCCACCUGGUCAGAAUUUCACAUACAUUCUUCAAGUAAAAGAUCAAAUUGGUAGUUUCUUUUACUUCCCCUCACUCGCGUUUCACCGGGCUGCUGGAGGUUUUGGUGGCAUUACGAUCUCUAGCCGACCUAUGAUCCCCGUCCCAUUCCCUCCACCUGCUGGAGAUUUCACCAUUCUAGCUGGUGAUUGGUUCAAGCAAAAUCACACUGAUUUAAAAGCAAUAUUAGAUGGCGGUCAUGAUCUUCCAUUCCCCGAUGGUCUUCUUAUCAAUGGUCGUGGAUCUAACGCAUUUACAUUCAACGUUGAUCAAGGGAAAACUUAUAGGUUAAGGAUUUCGAAUGUGGGGCUUACGACAUCGAUAAAUUUCAGAAUCCAGGGUCAUAAGAUGUUGUUAGUGGAGACUGAAGGAACUCAUACUCUUCAGAACACAUAUUCUUCUCUUGAUAUACAUUUAGGCCAGUCAUACUCGGUUUUGGUCACUGCUGAUCAGCCACCACAAAACUACUACAUGGUUGUGUCAACCCGAUUUACCUCUCAAGUCCUCACUGCAACCUCCGUUCUUCGUUAUACCAACUCUCCAGGAACUUUUCCAGCUCCUCCACCUGGUGGCCCGACCAUCCAAAUCGACUGGUCUUUAAAUCAAGCCCGAUCUAUUAGACAAAAUUUGACCGCAAGUGGACCAAGGCCUAACCCACAAGGUUCAUACCAUUAUGGUAUGGUUAACUUCACACGAACAAUAAGACUUGCGAACUCUGCUCCAGUCAUAAAUGGCAAGCAGAGGUACGCUGUCAACAGCGUGUCAUUUAUACCAGCAGACACCCCUUUAAAGAUUGCUGAUUAUUUCAAGAUCUCGGGUGUGUUUUCGCUUGGAACCAUUUCUGACAGCCCCAAUGGUGGUGGUGGGUACCUCCAAACUUCAGUCAUGGCUGCUGAUUUCAGAGCAUUUGCUGAGAUUGUGUUUGAGAAUUCAGAAGAUACUGUCCAGUCAUGGCACAUUGAUGGUCACUUUUUCUUUGUUGUUGGGAUGGAUGGAGGGCCAUGGUCUGCUGCUAGCCGAAAUAACUACAAUUUAAGAGAUGGGAUUUCCCGGUCUACAGUUCAGGUAUAUCCACAUUCUUGGACUGCAUUGUAUGUACCGUUAGACAAUGUUGGAAUGUGGAACAUAAGAUCUCAAAACUGGGCUCGACAAUACUUAGGUCAACAAUUUUAUCUCCGGGUUUAUUCACCUGUAAACUCAUGGAGAGACGAGUACCCCAUCCCGAAGAAUGCUAUUACUUGUGGUAGAGCAAGUGGUCGCAAGACUCGUCCUCUGUAAUUUUAGGGACGCGGCGUAGAAACAGUCACGAAAGGGUGACUAGUUCCACAUAUUUGAGGAUUUAAAUUAAAUUUGUUUUUUCUGAUCAUAUUAUUAUUUAGUUUUUGCAAUUCUAUAAAUUCUUGUCAUUUUAUUAGUAAUUGCACUAUUUUAAAGAAAUGAUGCAAGAUAUCAGUUUUUGGUGA